AUGAGCGUGAAACACUUUCAAGUUGUUUUAUUAGUGUUUUCAAUGUUUCUGUUGAAACUUUCGCAACCGCAAACUCCACCAUCGAUUGACGAUCCUGAUUUCAACACAAAUAUUUGGAAAGCACUUUGCAGCAAUGAACUUCCAGCUGAACCAUUAAGAGAAUCAUUUCCACUAAGACUUGAAAUAUUUCCUGAUCCAUUUUUUAACACUUUUUCACCUGGUCAACACAUUCGCGUGACUCUACGUGGAAUUGAUCCAAGCUUUGACUUUGGUGCUUUUCUGAUUCGCGCACAUUCAACUUUUGAUACGACAGCUGUUGGUGAGUGGAUUGGAAUUGGAUUAGGUAAAGCGAUGUCUUGUGCUAAUGAAGACUUUGAAGGCAAUGACUAUGCAGCGCAAAAGAAUGUUACUCUCAGAAGCUACCAAGAAUUAAUUUGGACAGCUCCGAUGAUAACUGGCAAUUAUGUGUUUAAUUUGACGACAUCUGAACGAUUCAUGGUCUAUUGGGCUGAUCAACUUUCUCAUGUUUUAAGAGUUGUUUAA